AAAAAAGUGGCUGAUAAAAAAAAAAUUGCAGUGAAAAAGGAGAUUAAAGUUUUAAGAAUCUAAUUCAAAAGGCCUAAAUUUAUUUACACCAAAAAGAAAAACCCUCAUUCUCAGUUGCAGACUCUCACUUUCUUCUUCUUCGUUCAUUCAAAAAAGGCAAAAAUGGGAAGAGGAAAAUUCAAGGGCAAGCCCACUGGCCACCGCCAUUUUUCUACUCCCGAAGAGCUUCGUGCUGGUACCUCUGCUCGUCCCCGUACUUUUAGGAAGGAAGAAGCUGAAGUGGAGGAAGAAGAAGAACAGUCUGAAGAGGAAGUACAAGAAGAGCCUGAGAAACGAAAAGGGACUCAAGGGCUUAUCGAGAUUGAGAACCCAAAUUUGGUUAAACAAAAGAAUGUCAAAGCUAAAGAUGCUGAUAUGGGAACAACAACUGAACUAUCAAGGCGUGAAAGAGAGGAGAUAGAAAAGCAAAAAGCACAUGAACGCUAUAUGAAGCUGCAGGAACAAGGGAAAACCGAACAAGCAAGAAAAGAUUUAGAGCGCUUAGCCCUGAUAAGGCAACAAAGGGCAGAGGCUGCUAAGAAGAGAGAAGAAGAGAAGGCUGCAAGAGAACUGAAGAAAGUUGAAGCUCGCAAAUAACCAGGUUGAUAAAUCAUUAUGAUCAAAUUACCAUAAGUUUUUCUCUAUCAUUUAUAUUUGACUUUUACAUUUUGUAUACUGAAGCUUUUAUCCCAUUAAAAAGGGUUUUGAAACUGAUAGAUGCUAUCCAUCUUCCAAACUUAAUUGUACUUUAUAUCUGCUUUUGGAUAAUCUCUUCUGUGCCAUCUGUUGACGUAUCUUAUCGAUGACACUCUGUUGCACUAAUACUAAAGCAUGCUAAACAUGUAAACCAAGAGCAUAGAUUUGGCUUGCAAGGGAUAUCUUCUGCUAAGUGAGCAGGGUUCAUGGACUAGAACAGAUCUUGCUGAUCACCUGAUUUUGCUAUGCUAAAACAUCUAGACUACUGUU